AUGUUUGGAGUCAAUAAUCCCUAUUCCAUAAUUCAGUCUAGAUAUCCAAUCAAGUUACCCUCUAUUAUCGAUGUAAUAAAGGAAAGCUUGGCAACCGUCAAAAGUGUAGAAUUAAUUGAAGAUCAAACCCCUCUCUUUUGGAGUCUUUCUCAUGUUUUGACAGAAUUACCUUUAAUUGGUGAUAAGAUUAUUCAAAUGCAUGGAUACUCACAUCCAGCACAUGCAACAUUAUUUGUAUCACCAACUGGAGAAAUCCCAAGAAUAUCCAUUCCAGACUACCUUGUUAGAUUGGUCAAGUUCUCACCAUGCUCUAAGGAAUGUUUCAUUAUGAUCAUAGUCUAUAUUGAUAGAUUAAUCCAAAAGGCUGGUUUCAUAGUCAACAGUUUUAAUAUUCAUCGUUUAUUAAUUACUUGUAUUAUGGUUGCUUCAAAAUAUAUUGAUGAUAUAUUUUAUAAUAAUGAAUAUUAUAGUCAUAUUGGUGGAGUAAAUAGAGAUGAAUUAAACAAGUUGGAGAUUGCAUUUUUGACAUUGUUGGAAUUUGAUACUUCAUGUCCACUACCAAACUAUUUAGAUUAUUUCUCUCAUCUCGACUGCUUUGUCUCACAUAUUCGCCAAAUCAGACAAAAAUCACAACCACAACUACAACAACCAUCACUCACCACUCUUACCGCCUCAUCAACUCCUAUGCGCUCGAAUACCAAUAUCAUCUGUAAUUCUACAUCUGCCACUACAUCUGUGAUCUCUCACAGUUCUAUCGUUCCAGUAACCGAAUCAUCAACUAAAAUCCAAAUGAUUGCAAAUGCAUCAGUAUCAAGUAAUAAUAAUAAUAUUCCAAUUGCAAAUCAUCAAAAUAACUCAAAUAAUAAUAAUAAUGUAACAAUGAAUAAUCAAUCAAAUACCAAUACUUCAAAUAUAUCAUCAACAUCCUUUUCCUCAUCAUCAUCAGGUAGUAGAAGGAAAUCACUAGUUAGAGAUCCAUCCUAUCUUCCAGUUGCUCCAACCAUUAUAUCCAAUUAA